AUGUCAAAGUUUCCAUCCUUCCCAGUAGGUCUAUUUGAAGAGAAUGGAGGAAAUACUGACGGAGCCUCCCCGCCACCGACGGAGCAGGGUCGUGGUGGUAUGGACCACCACCGACCACCCACAAGACCAGCAUCGGAUUCAAUAUUGUCAACGACUGCACACAACAAUGAUGACCUGUCAGAUUCCUCACAUCGCGCAGUACAACGUCAGGUAUCAAAGCCUGAAUCAUUGUACAAGGUCGCAACCACAAAUAGUGUCAGAGAACAGAUGAGAGAUCGCUUGAACCUACGACCGCGUCAAGAAAAUCUACACCAGCUCUACGAGUCUCAAGUUUCAAAGCCUGGUUUGCAUCGCGAAGACGCAACCGUUGGGCAAGUCAUCGAAGACAGAGGACGAAGUCAAUUUCGGGUAUGUCUGCUAUCCUUCGUUGCCUUUUCCAUCUUAUCAUUGCUGACACAGUGAAGGCUAUUUCUAUGUACGCAAACUUUCCCUCAAACACAGCCAAUGGUGGGGUUGAAAAAUCAUUGGUAGGCUCCAUUGCCACCUUCUUUCCUGUAAGUCUUCACCUUCAACCUGGCUCGCUAAGGUAAUUUAACUCACGACGCGUCGCAGGGUGCCCCUCAAAACUCCCAACUCUCAUCUGCAAAGCCUGCUUCUUCCAACUUUGCGUCUCUCCAUCCAUCCACAUCCACAAUUCCAUCAAUCAUACCAAGCGAUCGCAAUCUUCUCUCUCGUGCAACACAGACUGCGAACCCUGAUAGCUUUGCCUAUCGUAUGCUGCUGCAGCAAAGCUUGGAGGUUCGUUUAUUCCUAAUCCUUAUCUCUUGACCUUCCCUGUCCUGUCCUUGACCUGUCAAAGCUGACUUUCAAUAGACCCAAACAGAGAUCAUCAGACAACUUGACAGACAGGUCACAAAAGCCCUUCCCGCUGAGCCUUCAUAUCAAAACAAUCUCCACUUCAAGGACUUGCUCCCCAAGGCUUCAACACAGUCGGCUAGGUCCUCGACCAUUAACUCGACCACUGACGGCGCAUCCUCUUACGUGACUGCCAACGACGGAUCCCAGAUCUCAUCGACUGGACUGCUCGCACCACCAUUGCCUAAUAUCAUCCCACCAGGUCCAGGUACCAGAUUGAGUCCAAUCUCUGAUCGUAGUGAGCCAUCCACCAUUGAAAUCACCCCUUUCAGCAUCAACGGUCGCUACCCUCGUCGCGUUCACAUUGCCAAUUGUGAAGGCAGUCCUCAAGGUCGCGAAGCUAGAAACGUCAACGCCGCAACUCCUCAAACUGGUCGGGGUCGAUCGACUUCAUACUCGCUCAUCCCCAAGAUAUCCCCUGUGCAUAUCUCCCAGGCCACGAUGCGUCCCGAAAUCGGUAUGUACUUUCCUACCUUUGGGAACUCAAAGCAUCUUGCUAACAUCAGACCAGUUGAAGAUGGCGACUUGGAUCGUCGUCUGUCUGUCCCGCUCACAGCACAGUUCUUCGAGACUCGUUUGCAGAACCCCCCUCCUGCUGAGUCUCCACCUGCCGCCGUCAGCCCCUUGAACUUUAACAAGACCGAAAAAUCAAGACGCUCUGACAAGUACAACUGUGGUCCAACUGUUCGGUACGCAAAGAAUGCUCAUGAGGUUAUCAUGGGUGUUCCAAAGGAGUAAGCAACCCCCUAAAUCCUCAAGUGAUCGCAGAUCGCUAACAAAUCUCACAGUGUUGACGAAAAGGCAAGCAAGGUGCUGGGACUUAGCCAAUCUAACACUUUCGCAAGUGGCAGUCGGGUUCAUAUCAAGCAGGAGGAGCAAGAGGAGGAAGUAGCUCAUCCACGAAAGAGGGAGGUUAGUGAUAUCCGCCUUAAUCAUGAUCUUCUUACUGACCUCAUCCAGCCCCAUCCAGUCUUCCGUACAACGACACAUAUCACUGCUCGCCCUAUGCCACCAACCAAGCAAAGCUUCGGCAGCAUGAUCGCAGACCGUCUUGCUCGCCCAACAGCAUCAAGUCGCGCUCGUGAAGCCGCUUCCCGCGAGGAGAAUCCCGCUCGCGAAUCUGGCAAGGGACUCAAGACCAAGGUCACUUCACUCAUGAGCAGUCGCAAUGCUUCCCGUCCUUCCCUUCCUUCCCGCACCGUCGAGACAGCAAAGGCGCUGACCCCAAGACGCGUCAAUGGUGGUGAUCGUGUCGUUUCCCAACUUCUUACCACGUACAACGAUUCGGGUAUGGAUAACCGUCUCUCCCAGCAGAUUGUCCAGCGCCCAUACGUCACGACUCCGGACCUCUCUGAGUUCAUCACUGGCGAAGACCCCGUUGAGCACUCAUCUUCUGUCGACCGUGCUCAUCGUCGCUCCCAGAGCGAGGGACCUUCUCGCCAUGAAAUCAAGAAGCUGGAGAAGAAGGAGAAGGCCGCAAAGAAGGGAACUGGUUUGCUGGGUGGCGCCCGCAGCCGUUUCCAUCGCCGAAAAGCAUCAACCACCACUGCCUUGCCAGUGCCCAGUGGUCCCGCUGAGCUCGCAGAGGGCCCAACCAACGCUGCUUCCUCAACAGCAAUGGCUAUUGGCAGCGUUGGUUCCUCUGCUGAGCUCAGCGAGGAGAUGUUGACGAGCGCCGAGGCCUCGAUCAACACCAUCGUCGAAUUGGCACGCGACCGGCCAAUGAACGAGGAGAUGCGUCGCACCAUCGCCGACAUUGUCACGAUGCUCGGCAACUCCAUCACAGCGAGCCGCGAAGUUCGCAUUCGUCUCGUCCAAGAGAUCGAAUCGCAGCUUCGUCUCUCUUCGCGCGUUCAAGCGCUCGCUGAGAUGGCGGUUGCCGAGGCGCGCUCUCACCGCAGCAGCAAUGCUGCGACUCGCGAGGCUGGUACCCAGACCGAUUAG